AUGGACCGCACCUAUACCUCGAUGACUGACAUACAUACCUUUCUUCCACCACACAGUAACCUGUCGCAAAACCAGCAACAAAAGCGAGGCUUGCAACAAGUGGGAAGCUUACCUUUGUCGGCGUCACCACAGCAGCUGUCGCUGUCAGCCGGCCUACUACCUCCCUCUUCCUAUUCUACAAACCCUUACCACUCAUCACCAUACACGACAAACGCGUCGCCGUUUGGCUAUCAUCAACCACCUCCUCUUCACCAUCAACAACACAGUCCCUUCCAGCACAACCCUCUCGCUCCACCACCACAACCUCAGCAGAUCCCUCAAUCACCACUAAACCCACGAAAGCGACGUGCCAGUGAACUCGACCCUCAUUCUCUUCCAGGAUCUUCUCUUGGCGGCUAUGGUCUUGACCAGCAUGGCAUCUUUGGCAAUCCUGACCGUCAGAACAGCGACCAAAACUACGUUCUGAGUGGACCUUCAAGCGGCGGCACGGGACCAGGUGAUCAGGGGAUCCCUCGACACGACACCCCACCUGCGCGACCAAAGAAGGGACGAACCAAUACACCCUGGACCCCGGCGGAAGAGCAGAGGUUGAAGGUGAUGAGAGAUGCGGGUAAUAGUUGGAGCGAGAUUGCAAAGACGUUUCCCACACGGACUGAAGGCAGUGUCAAGAAGCACUGGUACAAGUACGAGCAGAGCAAGUGGAAGGUCAUUGGACAGAAAGUCGGUAAACCUGCCAAGGCUUGCGAACAAUACGCCAAAGAGCACUUUGGCUCCAAGAGCUGA